AUGCUGGGGCCCUCUUUCGCAGCGCUGCUCGCGCUCGUCGCAUCCUUCGUCUCCGCCCAGCUCCCGCCGACACCCAGCAGCUGGCCCCAAGACUACCCCGGAAAGCCCUCUGGCGACUUUAGCCCAGAAUGGCAAAGCUACUUCCAGGUAACGGGCCCCUUACCAAAUGUAACGUGGGCUCUUCCCCGCAGCUUUGCCGGAAACAUUCCCGUCAAUCGUCCGGACCACCCUAACAAUACGCUCUUCUUCUGGGCGUUCGAGCACGAGAAUGGCUCCCUCACCGCCGGGGCCGACGAGCGCACCGAUGUGCCGUGGGGCAUCUGGCUGAAUGGAGGACCUGGUUCCUCCAGUUUGCUUGGGCAAGCGUACGAGAAUGGUCCCAUCCAUCUUACGCCGGAAGGACUCCCGAUCGAGAACGCGUUCAGCUGGGACAAGCUGUCGGACUACAUCUGGAUAGACCAACCUGUUGGAGUCGGCUGGUCUACGACGGACUCGGAGGGAUAUGUCCACGACGAGGAUGAGAUGGGCCGGGACUUUAUGGGCUUCCUCGAGAACCUUGUGAAAGUCUUUCCGAGCCUCGCCCAGCGGCCCCUCUAUCUCACCGGAGAAAGUUACGCCGGGACCUAUAUCCCGUACAUCAUGAAGACCUACUUCGGCUUGGAGAAUCCUCCGGUCAACAUCGUGAAGUUUGCUAUCGGUGACGGCACCGUCGGCUCGACUCUUACGUUUGAGUACGUUCCUACGCUUACGACGAUUGAGACGUACCCCCAACUCAUCGGCUACGACCCUGAAGUCUUCGACUACUUCCGCGAACAGCAGCACUUGUGCGGCUAUGACCUCAACCUCACCUACCCGCAAAAUGGCCACUUCCCCACCCUCCAAGUUGUUAACCCGACGGACCCGGCCUCGCCGCUCAUCACAGAGAACUUCAGCAACAAACGCCAGUUCUUCAGGAAGACCCUCACCCGGCUCGCCGUCGAGGCCGACACCCUCCGCAAGCGCGACGGGGAGCUCGUGAAGCGUGAUUUGAGCCUGCGCGCGAACGGGACGAUCGACUCGUGGUACGGGUGCUUCAUCUACGAUGAGCUGAUCGACUACGCGCUGAACUUCUCGGCACCGUGGAGUGAGCGCGAGACGCAAGGGUUUGACGUCUAUCAGGUCCAGGAUGCGCUGAACCCCGAGUCGCCCAUCGACGGCAGUUCGUUCUACAACGAUCCACAAAUGGUCGCUGCGCUCCAUGCGCCCACUAGCAAGCAGUGGGCGGGCUCUAUUCCCUACCCCUUCCUGGGCGACCCCGUCAAUGGCUUCGACCCGAGCGUUGAGCCCAUGGCGUUCUUGUCGGACCUGGCGAGCAACGCGUCUCAACAUGGCAUCAGCGUCGUACUUUACUCCGGCAACGACGAUUCCCUUGUCGCUCACCGUGGUACUGAAGUUGUCAUUCAAAACACGACGUUCGGCGGCACCCAAGGGUUCUCGCGCCGCCCCUCCACCCCUUGGAUCGACGAUAACGGGUUUGUCGGUGGUGUUGUCCACCAGGAGCGCAACUGGACAUAUGUUCUAGUCGAGGGCGCAGGCCACCUGAUCCCCUACUUCAACCCAUCCCGUGCCUCAACGGUCCUUCGCGAGUUCAUCCUCGGCAGCAACAAGACCGGGCUCGUCACGAUGGGUCCCGACGGUGACAUCGACGUCGAGGGCGGCGAAGAUGUCGCUCUUGCAGUCGACGCGCUUCCCGGACAAUCCGGCAUCGCCGUCGGCUCCAUCACUACGACUGGGACGUUCUUCUACCCUGCUGCGACCGUCGCGGCGUGGGAGGUGUUCAUCGCGACCGCGACCGUGCUCUCGCCACAAAUCACCGUGCCCGUUGUGAACGCGAAGGGCAGCGGUGCCGCCCCAGUAGGCGGCGCCGCUGUGGCCGUCCUGGCGUGCAUCGCGUCGUUUGCGGUGACGCUGCUCGCCUCUUUCUGA